AAAAAAAAAAAAAAAAGAAAAAAAUUACUGCUCUGGAUCUCAGGUUGACUUUUUAAUUUCCCAUCUUUAAAAUUUAACUAUACCAGAAGACUGGUACUUGAAUCUUUUUUUGGAGAACUGUGCAGAGGUUAAGCUCCCUUCCCCAAGGCCACUUGCCUCCACCUGUUGCUCCUCCACAGCCCCACAGGCCUUUAGACCACACCCAUCACAGAAUAGUUACCGAUUAUUCCUUAGUCUGAGCCGAAAGGAUUGCCACAACCUCUGACAGAACUCCUUCAGUUCCUUUUAUGUGACACUUUGUCACCAGAAGGUUAAGCAUAAGAAAGUCAGUAGAUGAUGGGUGAAAAAAUCCAACAGUUCAGAAGAGGAACCAUUUGAGUGGUCAGAGCAGAUGACAGCCUUUGCCACCAGAUUUGAGAGAAAUAGGAAGAAGUGUUAAAAAAUAAUCUGUUUCACAUUGAAAUUUGAGAGGCCAUUGCAUGAUUUUUUUUUUCAGCUGGAAAAAUAAUGGAAAACAAGAAAACUUUCUUAGGACAAAUGGCACUGCCAAUUUAAUGCAACAGUGUCAGUGAACUGCAGAUUAGAUAUGCCAAAAGUUAAACCAGUUCAAGAAAAUUUACCAGAACUCAGAAGGAAAAGAACCAUGUGUGCUCAGUACUGCAUCUCCUUUGCUGAUGUUGAAAAAGCUCAUAUCAACAUUCGAGAUUCUAUCCACCUCACACCAGUGCUAACAAGCUCCAUUUUGAAUCAACUAACAGGGCGCAAUCUUUUCUUCAAAUGUGAACUCUUCCAGAAAACAGGAUCUUUUAAGAUUCGUGGUGCUCUCAAUGCCGUCAGAAGCUUGGUUCCUGAUGCUUUAGAAAGGAAGCCGAAAGCUGUUGUUACUCACAGCAGUGGAAACCAUGGCCAGGCUCUCACCUAUGCUGCCAAAUUGGAAGGAAUUCCUGCUUAUAUUGUGGUGCCCCAGACAGCUCCAGACUGUAAAAAACUUGCAAUACAAGCCUACGGAGCGUCAAUUGUAUACUGUGAACCUAGUGAUGAGUCCAGAGAAAAUGUUGCAAAAAGAGUUACAGAAGAAACAGAAGGCAUCAUGGUACAUCCCAACCAGGAGCCUGCAGUGAUAGCUGGACAAGGGACAAUUGCCCUGGAAGUGCUGAACCAGGUUCCUUUGGUGGAUGCACUGGUGGUACCUGUAGGUGGAGGAGGAAUGGUUGCUGGAAUAGCAAUUACAAUUAAGGCUCUGAAACCUAGUGUGAAGGUAUAUGCUGCUGAACCCUCGAAUGCAGAUGAUUGCUACCAGUCCAAGCUGAAGGGGAAACUGAUGCCCAAUCUUUAUCCUCCAGAAACCAUAGCAGAUGGUGUCAAAUCCAGCAUUGGCUUGAACACCUGGCCUAUUAUCAGGGACCUUGUGGAUGAUAUCUUCACUGUCACCGAGGAUGAAAUUAAGGUAAACCAACUAGACUCUCCUUUCACUAAUUCCUACUCCCUUCCGUAUCAACAGCGUGCAACCCAGCUGGUGUGGGAGAGGAUGAAACUACUCAUUGAACCUACAGCUGGUGUUGGUGUGGCUGCUGUGCUGUCUCAACAUUUUCAAACUGUUUCCCCAGAAGUGAAGAACAUUUGUAUUGUGCUCAGUGGUGGAAAUGUAGACUUAACCUCCUGCAUAACUUGGGUGAAGCAGGCUGAAAGGCCAGCUUCUUAUCAGUCUGUUUCUGUUUAAUUUACAGAAAAGGAAAUGGUGGGAUUCAGUGUCUUUAGAUACUGAAGACAUUUUGUUUCCUAGUCAUUGUCAACUCUUAGUUAUCAGAUUCCUAAUGGAGAGUGGCUAUUUCAUUAAGAUUUAAUAGUUUUUAUGGACUAAGUAGUAGAAAAACUUUUAUACUUAACUGUGACAUUUUGUCAAGACUAAAAAAAAAUCUUGCAAAAUGGGGCAGCGGACUGACAGGCUGACACAGAAAAUUAACUUUGCCCAAUCACAACUUGUGCCUCCCAUCCCUGGAGUAUUGACUGGCACUGGUAAGACAGAAUCUCUUUGAAUCCAUUACUCCAUGCCCCCUUGAGGCACUGUUGAAGAAAUCUCACUUUUCAGCCAGGGUACUGGUUCUGGUACAUAUGGAUCAUAAGUCCAUUUGGGGAAAACUCGUUUAUACAGGUUCAUCAGUACUGUGUCUUGAGAUUUUAGCUUCCCAUCAAAGCUGCAUUUCAUGUGGCCAUGCGUACCUAGAAAGAAAACAGAACAAGUCGGUCAAAUUAAAAGUAGAAAUUUUUAAAGCAAUGACUUCCAACCCAAUAGUCAUUUAGUAACACUGCAGAAAUGUAGACAUGGUCUCAAAUCCCAUGUUUCCUUACCUAAAGGCUCCUUGAUGUGUCCUCUCCGGCCCCACUUCGUUCUCAGUUCCACUGGUUUAAACCACAGCACAUCCUCUUAAACACAUAAAAGACCAAGACGAAACAUUUACCCACAAAAUGUAAACCCAACCUUUAUACCACAAAGGCAAUCAGAUCACAUCCUCCUCCUUCAUACCCACCUCUGUUGAAGAACAUGUAACGGACUACUGCCAUCUUAGUAAAAAUUUUGAAAGGAUGACCACUCAGAACAACUCUCUUGAUGACCAUUCUGUCUGGAUCUACUGACAUAAGAUGGCCUGUAGCAAUGAGGCUGUGCAUUCCUAAAGGACAAAAGCAAAGAAGCUAUUUAGGAAUUUACAGGCCAAAGUCUUCAUUUAUUGCCCCAGUCCAUGUAAUAACCCAUGCAAAAGCCUGGUUUGUCAUCCCUGCCCUAGCCCAAUCUGAGGCUAAGAUUGGUAAACUGUAAGCCCACACUUAACCUUGUCAAUAGGUCCUUGAAAACUUGUACUUUAAGAGAAAUGAUAUAUAACAAAAGCAUAUUUUUUCUCAUCAGUUGUUACAAGGAAAAGAUGUUGAACUAAAGGCAGUUAUUUGACGACUGGCUAUACACUGUUUCACAUAAAAGUUGCAGUUUUCAUUGUUCUAUUAACAAUGUUAAGUGAAGACUUACUGUAUUUUGAAGACCAUCAUCACCUUCUCCAUACCAUUUGGCUCCCAAAUUUAAAUAAAGAAGAGAAAACAGUGUUUGUCUAUUAAGGA